ACGUGCUCCACGCACGUGCUCAAUAAUAUCAAAGAGACAGACCAUCUCCCCUUCCGUUCCAGCCUCUUCAAACGUGACAUUGAACUGAAAGUUAUAAAAUACAACGUAAUCAUAGCGUGAUGCCUUUAUGUAUGGCGAUUAGUGAAUUUUGAUACCGUUAUCAGGCCACUUACAGCUCGAUACAAGAUAUGCUGUAUUAGAAGUUAGAUCGUCCUAUUUGACGGCGAUUAUUGAAGACUGAUCGAUCGCACCACGGGAUCAAUAGAGGGAUCAAGAUAUUAGUAUAAGUGAUAAUUAAUUAGUGUAUAUAGCUGAUAAGGCUAUUAAGGAAGAGCAAAUGUCUGUGAAUAAUCUGCAAAAUGGGCUGCACAAAGGUGUCGAUAAUCCUAGAAUAUUGGUAACAGAUGAGGAGGAGCCAAAGAAGUAUGAUGUAUCGGGAAGUGUCAUGGAUGGGUUGAUUCUAGAUGUGAACGAAACGACGUAUACGGUGUUUAAAACUAGAUGGCUUAUGCUGGGGUUCUUUGUGUUGUAUUCAGCGUCUAACUCGUUACAAUGGACGCAGUAUACGAUAAUUUCAGACAUAGUGGUUAACUAUUAUGGAGUGUCCAGUAAUGUGGUGUCGUGGACGUCCAUGGUUUAUAUGAUUACGUAUGUGCCGUUGAUAUUUCCUGCUAGCUGGCUUUUGGAUAAAACGAACGGCCGAUCACCAGCUGCCUGCAUCUACCUGCUCCAUGCUAUCUUGAUAAGGUGA